ACGCGCCUUGGCGUCAUUGGUGCGCUCUGAGCACGCGCACUCCCCUCGGCAGGCUCUGGCGGACACGCGCGACCCGGAAGACUUUCGUGCCGCACCACAGAGUCGGCGUGAGGGGCGUCGAUGGCGGAGGAUGCGGAGGCAGCAGCCGAGAGCGGUGGCGGCGGCGGCGACCCCGGGGUCGGCGCGUGCGAACCGGGUGUAGCGCCCAUUAAGGCUCAGUACCGCACCACCAAGGAACGGUUCCACCAAUACCUGGAUGCAGACAAACGGGAGGAUGCAGGCCAGGAAACGCCUGCAGGAGACCCUGAUGGUAGUGACCCGGCAGAGCCCGAAGCCAAGAGGAUCCGCCUGGAAGAUGGGCAGGAGAAUGGGAAGACAGAGGUGGCAGCUGAGUCCCCCGAGCAACAACAGGUGCCCAAGAGGGCCCGUGGCCAGAACAAAAGCCGGCCUCAUGUGAAACCAUCGCAGUAUGACAAGGAGAGGCUCUGCCCUUCCCUCCUCCAGGAGUCAGCCACGUGUGCAUUUGGUGACCGGUGCCGAUUCCUUCAUGAUGUGGGGCGCUACCUGGAGACAAAACCAGCAGACCUGGGCCCCCGCUGUGUGCUGUUUGACACCUUCGGCCGAUGUCCUUACAGCGUGACCUGUCGCUUUGCGGGGGCACACCUGGGGCCUGAGGGUCAGAACCUGGUGCAGGAAGAGGUGGUAGCUCGCUGUGUGCACCUCCCUCUAGUGCGCAAUGGCCUGAACAGGGCCCUGCAGCAGCAGCUGCGUAAGCGCCAAGUGUGCUUUGAACGAGCUGAGCAGGCCCUGCGCCGCCUGACCCAGGGCCCCAUGCCCGUUGUUGUCCCUGAGGCCACUGUAGCCACGGUUACCCCAGACCAGAACAGCUGCCAUGCCCAGUUGGACACUGCGGGAGGGGCCAGCACCCCGAGUGGCAGCCCUAUUUCCACCUGUGGCCCCUUGACGGACGAGGACAUUAUUCGGCUACGGCCCUGUGAGAAGAAGCGGCUGGACAUCAGUGGAAAGCUAUACCUUGCUCCGCUCACCACGUGCGGGAACCUACCCUUUCGCCGCAUCUGCAAGCGCUUCGGUGCGGAUGUGACGUGCGGUGAGAUGGCCGUGUGCACGAACCUGCUGCAGGGACAGAUGUCUGAGUGGGCCUUGCUCAAGCGCCACCCCUGCGAGGACAUCUUUGGGGUGCAACUAGAGGGCGCCUUCCCUGACACCAUGACCAAAUGCGCUGAGCUCCUGAACCGCACCAUCGACGUGGACUUUGUGGACAUUAAUGUGGGCUGCCCCAUCGACCUUGUCUACAAGAAGGGUGGCGGCUGCGCACUCAUGAAUCGCUCAGCCAAGUUCCAGCAGAUUGUAAGGGGCGUGAAUGAGGUGCUGGAUGUGCCAUUGACUGUGAAGAUGCGCACGGGUGUUCAGGAGCGUGUGAGCCUGGCACACCGCCUGCUGCCUGAGCUGCGGGACUGGGGUGUCGCACUGGUCACAGUGGGUGUCAGGGGCAGUGUGGUCCCAUCUUGGGGUCACUGUGGUUUUCCUGGUCUCUUGUUUUCUGUCUCUUUGGUUCCUUGCUGUCUCCCUUGCCCCCUCUCACCCUUAACCCCUCCACCUUCCUUCAUCACUGCACCCCCCUCCCCUCAGCUCCAUGGCCGUUCCCGGGAACAGCGCUACACCAGGCUGGCUGACUGGCCCUACAUCGAGCAGUGCGCCAAGGUAGCCAGCCCCAUGCCCCUGUUCGGAAACGGGGACAUCCUUUCGUUUGAGGAUGCCAACUGUGCCAUGCAGACAGGUGUCGCAGGGGUCAUGAUCGCCCGUGGUGCCUUGCUCAAGCCCUGGCUGUUCACAGAGAUCAAGGAACAGAGACACUGGGACAUCUCGUCCUCUGAGCGCCUGGACAUCCUGAGGGAUUUCACACACUACGGCCUGGAACACUGGGGCUCUGACACGCAGGGUGUGGAGCGGACCCGGCGCUUCCUUCUCGAGUGGCUCUCCUUUCUUUGCAGGUAUGUGCCCGUGGGCCUGCUUGAGCGACUCCCACAGAGGAUCAAUGAAAGACCACCCUACUACCUAGGCCGAGACCACCUGGAGACGCUCAUGGCCAGCCAGCAGGCCGCAGACUGGAUUCGCAUCAGUGAGAUGCUGCUUGGACCAGUCCCACCCGGCUUUGCCUUCCUGCCCAAGCACAAAGCCAAUGCCUACAAGUAGACAACGGAGACAAUAAAUUUUAUUCUUCUACAA